CGUACUUCCAUAACUUUUCGAGGCUCUAACUCCCCUCCUAAUUUCUUUUUCUUUUCCCAAACAAAAAACUUAUUUGGUUGCUUAGGACGGCAAUAGCGAUAUUGUCUAGGUACGUUUUCUCAUAUUACAAGCAUCUAUUCAUACAAUCUCAAUGAUUUUAUUAUUCCUUUCGCAAUGCCAUUCGUGCUUCGACGCAUUUAAUUGCGUCGCCGCAGUGUCUGGUCGCAUCCCCACGCGCAUCACGAAUAUCCUCAAAUUUAACUAUUAAUGACACUCAUCUCUAACAUCUAAUCCUUUCCCCAACAGGCAAUCAUGCAGAUUUUCGUCAAGACCCUCACGGGCAAGACUAUCACCCUUGAGGUGGAGUCUAGCGACACCAUCGACAAUGUCAAGUCUAAGAUCCAGGACAAGGAGGGAAUCCCCCCUGACCAACAGCGAUUGAUCUUCGCCGGCAAGCAGCUCGAGGAUGGCCGAACCCUCUCCGACUACAACAUCCAGAAGGAGAGCACCCUCCACCUUGUGCUCCGCCUUCGUGGUGGUGCCAAGAAGCGCAAGAAGAAGGUCUACACUACCCCCAAGAAGAUCAAGCACAAGCGUAAGAAGACCAAGUUAGCUGUGCUCAAGUACUACAAGGUCGACGGCGACGGUAAGAUCGAGCGUCUCCGCCGCGAGUGCCCUGCUGAUACCUGCGGUGCUGGUAUCUUCAUGGCCGCCAUGCAGGACCGACAGUACUGUGGCCGAUGCCACCUUACCUACGUCUUCGACAAGCAGUAAAUGCUUAUCGGGUCGUUUUGGAGUGUACACGGUUAGGAGUUCGGAAUAUCGGAACGGGGCUUACGGGAAUCAUGAUAGGACAUGGAUGACUUAGCUCAGUUUCUAUGAAUACGAAUUCAUGCACAAGUACUACUAUACUACUAUUUCCAGAUUGUGAAAUGUUGUUGCAUGGCCUUCAAUACUCCUAGUUCUAAUACCUAUUGGCUAAUAUGCAAUCUGCAAUCUCAGACUAUUAAGUCUGUGUACUUUACGAUCAAGUAGUCAAGCCACGGACCAAGUAG